GGGAGCCCUCUGCUCGGUGGUAGCCUGGACGUGCGGCUGUGCGGGCUGAAACUCGUCCGCACCGAGUCCUGCGGUCAGCCCUGCAAGAGGGGUUUGAAAGUGGUACACGUCUUCGUCGCCUGCCGAGAAGUAGGGCUGCUGGAGAGUUUCGUUUUUCAAAUACUUGGUCCCGUUGUCAGACCACUUCUUUUUCCAUUCCAAAAAUGUAAAUGUAAGAUUACUAAGGCUUUUUUGCACCCCAAGCCUCUAAUCUGUGAAAUAGGUAUGCCCUAGUGGCCUUGUGAUACUUGAUUAUUGAGGGAUCUGUCGAAAAUCAGACUGUACACCCUUUUUGAAAAGGCGAUGGAUAGGCAUUUACCAUGUUCAAUCAUUAGGAAAGUAGCCAACAGUCGUAUUGAUUAAUUUAACAACCCCUUUUGAACAUGUAUUUUGGUAGAGGCUGGGGGGCAGUGCAAGUGCUGUAUUAAUGAAACAGCUUUUGUACCCAAAUAGGAGAGAGAAAUAACAAUUCAGCUGCUGUUACAAUGACUAAGUUUGCUCCUGCCUCACGUCCUUUACAUGUGCUGUUGGGGCUGCCUGGAAUUCUCCCCACACACAGCUUUUCUUGUCCGCUUCUUCCUUCAUCUUUGCUCAGAAGUUACCUCCUUAGAGAGGCUUCACUAAAGAGCACCCUGCUUACUCUCAAUCCCUUUGCUUUAUUUUUUUGUAGCUUGCAUGUUCUGAGGUUAAUUUAAUUUUGUUCUCAGGUAUACCCUCAAAUAGAAUGUAAGCUCCACGAGGGCAGGGAAUUUUCCCGUUUCCCUCAGUGCCUACAGCAGUGCCAGACACAUAGCACUUGCUCAGUUCUCUUAAAUGUUUUCUUGGAGCCUUAAAAAUGGAGAUGACAGACAUGACUAGUGUGUCACUGAAACGUGGGUCCCUUGUUGUGGAAGAUCAUGACAGUGGGGUCCCAGCUGAGGAGACAAAAAAACAGAAGAUGUCAGAAUGCAGUCCCACCAAAAGUCUUCACAGGCUGGGGAAUGACUCUCUACCCAACAGUGAAGAUGUGCGUCGGGCUCCUGAAGCUGUAAGUGUUGGGAAAGAUGAAAAGAAUUGUGAGGCUCAGUUUGAAGAAGAGGAAGAGGAGGAGGAAGAUGGCCUUUCAGAGGAGGAGGAGGAGGAGGAAGAAGCAGAGAGCUUUGCAGACAUGAUGAAGCACGGACUCACCGAACUUGAUGUGGGCAUCACCAAGUUCGUAAGUCCUCAUCAAGGGUUCUCAGGAAUCUUAAAAGAAAGAUACUCCGACUUCGUUGUUCAUGAGAUAGGAAAAGAUGGACGGAUCAGCCAUUUGGAUGACUUAUCUGUUCCAGUGGAUGAGGAGGACCCUUCAGAAGAUGCAUUUACAGUUUUGACAGCUGAAGAAAAGCAGCGAUUGGAAGAGCUCCAGCUUUUUAAAAAUAAAGAAACCAGUGUUGCCAUCGAGGUUAUUGAGGACACCAAAGAGAAAAGAACCGUCAUCCAUCAAGCUAUCAAAUCUCUGUUUCCAGGAUUAGAGACAAAAACAGAGGAUAGAGAGGGGAAGAAAUACAUUGUAGCAUACCAUGCAGCUGGAAGAAAGGCUUUGGCAAAGGUCAGAACUGCAGCAGAUCCAAGAAAACAUUCUUGGCCAAAAUCUAGGGGAAGUUACUGCCAUUUUGUACUAUACAAGGAAAACAAAGACACCAUGGAUGCUAUUAAUGUACUCUCCAAAUAUUUAAGAGUGAAGCCAAAUAUAUUCUCCUACAUGGGAACCAAAGAUAAAAGGGCUAUAACAGUUCAAGAGAUUGCUGUUCUCAAAAUAACUGCACAAAGACUCGCCCACCUGAAUAAGUGCUUGAUGAACUUUAAGCUAGGGAAUUUCAGCUAUCAGAAAAACCCUCUGAAAUUGGGAGAGCUUCAAGGAAAUCACUUCACUGUUGUUCUCAGAAAUAUAACAGGAACUGAUGACCAAGUACAACAGGCUAUGAACUCUCUGAAAGAGAUAGGAUUUAUUAAUUACUAUGGAAUGCAAAGAUUUGGAACUACAGCUGUCCCUACAUAUCAAGUUGGAAGGGCUAUACUACAAAAUUCCUGGACAGAAGUAAUGGAUUUAAUAUUGAAACCCCGUUCUGGAGCCGAAAAAGGGUACUUGGUUAAAUGCAGAGAAGAAUGGGCGAAGACCAAAGACCCAGCCGCUGCCCUCAGAAAACUACCUGUAAAAAGGUGUGUGGAAGGGCAGCUGCUUCGAGGACUUUCAAAAUAUGGAAUGAAGAAUAUAGUCUCUGCAUUUGGCAUAAUACCAAGAAAUAAUCGCUUAAUGUAUAUUCAUAGCUAUCAAAGCUAUGUGUGGAAUAACAUGGUGAGCAAGAGGAUAGAAGACUACGGAUUGAAACCUAUUCCAGGAGACCUUGUGCUCAAAGGAGCCACGGCCACCUAUAUUGAGGAAGAUGAUAUUAAUAAUUACUCCAUCCAUGACGUGGUAAUGCCCUUGCCUGGUUUCGAUGUUGUCUACCCAAAACAUAAAAUUAGAGAUGCCUACAGGGAAAUGCUCACAGCAGACAAUCUUGAUAUUGACAACAUGAGACACAAAAUUCGAGAUUAUUCCCUAUCAGGGGCCUACCGAAAGAUCAUUAUUCGUCCUCAGAAUGUUAGCUGGGAAGUCGUUGCAUAUGAUGAUCCCAAAAUUCCACUUUUCAAUACAGAUGUAGACAACCUAGAAGGGAAACCACCACCAGUUUUUGCUUCAGAAGGCAAAUACAGGGCUCUGAAAAUGGAUUUUUCUCUUCCUCCUUCCACGUAUGCUACCAUGGCCAUUCGAGAAGUGCUAAAAAUGGAUACCAGCAUCAAGAACCAGACCCAGCUGAAUACAACCUGGCUCCGUUGAUUGGUACCUUGUCCACAGAUUAGAAAGUACAGACAAUGUUUGCCUACUCGCUUCUUGUUCAUUUUUCUCUUAGUACAGGCCCAUAUGUGGAUUUUGAAUCUUUGUAGUAAAAGAUUAUUUGUAUUUUUAAAAA